AUGAACUGGGGGAUCUUCGAGGGGCUCCUGAGCGGGGCCAACAAGUACUCCACAGCCUUCGGGCGCAUCUGGCUGUCCCUGGUCUUCAUCUUCCGCGUGUUGGUGUACCUGGUGACGGCCGAGCGAGUGUGGAGCGACGACCACAAGGACUUCGACUGCGACACUCGCCAGCCGGGCUGCUCCAACGUGUGCUUCGACGAGUUCUUCCCCGUGUCCCACGUGCGCCUCUGGGCCCUGCAGCUCAUCCUGGUCACAUGCCCCUCACUGCUUGUGGUCAUGCACGUGGCCUACCGCCAGGCCCGGGAGAAGAAGUACCAAGAGGCCAUCGGGAAGGACGGCGGGCGUCUCUACCUCGACCCCAGCAAGAAGCGGGGAGGGCUCUGGUGGACAUACGUCUGCAGCCUGGUGUUCAAGGCGGGCGUGGAUGCCACCUUCCUCUACGUGUUCCACUCCAUCUACCCCAGGUACACCCUCCCCCGCGUGGUCAAGUGCCACGCGGACCCAUGUCCCAACGUGGUGGACUGCUUCAUCUCCAAGCCCGAGGAGAAGAACAUCUUCACUCUCUUCAUGGUGAUCACAGCCCUCAUCUGCAUCGCCCUCAACCUGGUGGAGCUGGCCUACCUGGUGAGCAAGAGAUGCCGAGAGUGCCUGGCAGCCAGGAAAGCCCGGUCUGAGAGCCUGGACCACCAUCUGGACUGGGUCACUGCUUCUUCCAAACACGGCGACCUCCUCUCGGGCGACCUCAUCUUCCUGGGCUCAGAUGUUCCCCCUCCACUCUUACCAGACCACCCUCAGGACCACGUGAAGAAAACCAUGGUGUGA